AUCCAACAGUUGGAGAAAGGUUCACCUGGAAAGCUGAAAGUAUUGGCUAAAUCCACUGGACCAGAAACUAUUGAAGGAGUGUAUAACACAGUUUUGUUAGCCAUUGGUCGUGACUCCUGUACAAGGAAAAUGGGCUUGGAGAAGAUUGGUGUCAGAAUCAAUGAGAAAAAUGGCAAGAUACCAGUGAAUGAUGUGGAACAGACCAGCGUGCCCUACGUCUAUGCCAUUGGGGAUGUUUUGGAAGGCAAACCAGAGCUCACUCCAGUUGCCAUACAGGCAGGCAAGCUGCUGGCUCGAAGACUCUUUGGGGCCUCUUCACAAAAGUGUGACUAUAUCAAUGUUCCCACUACACUGUUUACGCCCCUGGAAUAUGGCUGCUGUGGCCUGUCUGAGGAGAAAGCUAUUGAAGUCUAUAAAAAAGAGAAUCUAGAGGUAUACCAUACAUUGUUCUGGCCUCUUGAGUGGACAGUAGCCGGCAGAGACAACAAUACUUGCUACGCAAAAAUAAUCUGUAACAAAUUUGACAGUGAUCGGGUGGUAGGAUUUCAUGUUCUUGGACCGAAUGCUGGUGAAAUUACCCAAGGAUUUGCAGCCGCAAUGAAAUGUGGGCUCACGAAACAACUGCUCAGUGACACCAUCGGAAUCCACCCCACGUGUGGGGAGGUAUUCACAACUUUGGAAAUCACCAAGUCAUCGGGCCUAGACAUCACUCAGAAAGGCUGCUGA